AUGCACAAAUCCGUGAAGCUUGCGUUGCUCAGUGUCGUCUUUUUAGCAAAGUUCAUUUCGGCGGCGAAUUACCCCAACUCGGAAGAUAUGGUCAUGGCUGGGGUUCGGCCACCACAGGAGCCUCUGGAUGUGGAGAAUUACCCCGUCGCGCCGGAGGGAUUGAAAUUAGAUCAAGUACAUGUAUAUGUUAGGCAUGGUGAAAGGGCACCCGUGGGCGUGCGUCUCGCUGACCCCCCUGCUUCCAUACCCUCGCACUGGAUGCUUUGUACUGCAGCAAGGCAAUUCAGAGCAGAAUUGAACACCAAUAAUGGUGCACUCGACGGUGACCCCCUGCCUUUGAAACGCCUGGUUGAACGAAAGGACGGCACAAGUGCUGAAGGAGAAUGUCUCCUUGGGGAGCUAACGGACGUUGGCAGAAAGUCGACCUUUGAAUACGGCGCAGCGUUGCGAAGGUUAUAUGUUGAGCGAUUGGGAUUCCUCCCCGAUCAACUGCUGAACGCUGAGCAAGCGUAUUUCCGUUCUACUAACAUGCCCCGCACUAUGGAAUCCCUGCGAAACAUUAUAUCUGGCCUAUACCCCGCCGAAAAAUGUCCAAAUACGCUUCCUCCCAUUCUCAUACGGAACGGGAAAGAUGAGAACCUUCUAGGGAACACAUUCUCGUGCAAACGUCUGGAGAUCCUCCAAAUUGGUUUUGCGCAAGCCGCCGCAAAUCUAUAUAACCCAGCACUCGAGUCCCUGGAUAGGAGGUUGUCCAAGUAUAUUGGAGGGCAUCCUGUUCGCGUAGACGGCAAACCAAGGGCCUCCGGGAUAAUGGACACAAUACGCGCAGCCAGCGCACACGGAAUCAAGGUUCCGCCCGAGUUCGAGGAGAAGGCCGUCGUCGAUUUGAUUGAAAAAGCGGUCGUAGCCGAAUGGUUUUCUGACAAGACUGAGGAAGUGCGACGACUCGGCAUGGGCCUCCUCCUGAGCGAUCUCUCUCGCAAGAUGUCGCGGAAAGUUAGUCUAGGUGAUCAAGACCCCGUCAAAAUCCUGGUACACAGCACGCAUGACACGGCCAUCGCGGCACUCUGCUCUACUCUCGAUGUCUACGACGAACUAUGGCCACCGUUCACUGCGUCCAUCACGUUCGAGCUCUUCAGCAAGUCCUCCGAGCCUUCGAGGGGCCACCCUUCCUAUCUCCAGGGCAUCCUAAACCCCUUUAGGCCGAGGGAACAUUACGUCCGCGUGAGGUACCAGAACAAGAACAUGGCCCUCCCCUUCUGCGGCACCGAGGGCAAGCAUCUCUCCGGCCACGCAGAGUUCUGCACGCUCGCUGCGUUCCAGGAAAGAGUCGAGGAGCUCACGCCUCUGGAUUAUGAUGCAGAAUGCUCCAUACCCAGGUCCUAG